UUGACCUAAAUAAAGCAUCUCUGCGACCCCCCCAAGGCGGACUAUCACACAGCGAACAGGAGGGCAUUAGACGAGGAAUUCUCUGAUUUUUCUGAAGUAAUUCUCCUCGCUUUAUGCUCUGCUCAACCUAAGACGAAAUUUCUGGCUGGAUCUCGCACAACCGGACAACUGGCUCGGGCUAUGCUGGCUCUCAUGGAUCGCGUCGGUGUGGCUUGUGAGGAGCUGAAGACACCACUGCUGGGAAACAGAAGAAAUCCACGGGAAUGACUUUAUAGUAGCUACAGCGCCAUAAUUAAAAGGUUAAAAGCGGGUGGAAAGGGACAAAUAGAAAACCUCAGUAUGCUUGACGAUAAAGCGCCGAGAUCACAGCGUGGUCCUGCUUCGAGAGGCUCGUCGUUUUACAUUGAGAAUUUACUUGGGACUGCAGACAGAGGGGUUUCCGCUGAGGACCGGACUGAGGCCACGGAGCCGAAAGAGACUGUCCACAGACAAGUGUCCUCUCCGGGGCUGGAGACGCGACGUCUGACCGGCACCGACUUACUGAACUGGUGCGAGACAUCACCCAGCAAGCCGUACAGCAGCUCAAGGAGCCCACAGUAUCAGCACAGCCACUCGGAUGAACGGGGACUCCCUGUGCACAGCAGCGACCGGGAUUCCCCGACUUUAUCUAGAUCUGCGGAGGACGGCGAAGAGCCGGAGGAGAGAGGAGACUGCAGUGUGACGGACGGCAGAGAGGAGGAGGACGCGCGGUCCUCAAGCUGCACCAGAGAGGACGGCAGUGAGACAGGUGACACGAAAGCGGCGCGGAAGAAGAAGACGCGCACGGUGUUCAGCCGCAGUCAGGUGUUUCAGCUGGAGUCCACCUUCGACCUGAAGCGCUACCUGAGCAGCUCGGAGAGAGCAGGGUUGGCCGCUUCCCUGCAGCUCACAGAGACCCAGGUCAAGAUCUGGUUUCAGAACCGCAGGAACAAGUGGAAGAGGCAGAUCGCAGCGGACAUGGAGGCCAGCGGAGCCGCCGUCCCCUACCCGGUCCAGAGGAUAGUCCGGGUUCCCGUGUUGUAUCGCGAGAACCCCCCGCCUGUGCCACUGACCAGCCUGCCUCAAGUGUCGCCACCCGUGGUUGGCUUCUCUAGUGCUAUUAACUAUCCUCUUACCCAUUUCGCUCACCCGGUGUCUUUCCUAACUUCGCAAAUGACUGGACUGGUGUGACUUUAAUACAUUAAAAGCGGGUAGUGGGGUGGAGAUGCUGCUGG